AUGGACUCGAACGCCGCCGCCACCAUUCUUCCCACCCACGCCGCCGACGACAAGCUCCACCGCCGGCGCCGGCGCCGCCGCUGCUGCUGCGUCUGCCUCCUCGUGUCCCUGGGCGCGGCCGCGCUCCUGGGCGUCACGCUGCUGGUCCUCUUCCUCACGGUGCUCCGCGUGCGCGACCCCACCACGCGGCUCGUCUCGUCGCGGGUCAUCGGCUUCGCGCCGGGCCCCGACCUCCAGUUCAACCUCACCAUGCUGCUCACCGUGGACGUGCACAACCCCAACCGGGCGUCCUUCUCGUACGAGUCCGGGAGCGCCGACCUCUGGUACCGGGGCGUCCGGGUGGGCGUCGCCGGCAUCGACCCCGGGCGCAUCCCCAGCAGGGGCGACGGCACCAUGGAGCUGGAGAUGACGGUGCUCUCCAGCAGCUUCGGCGCCGAGCUGGCGCAGCUGGUCCGGGACAUGGAGGCCGGCGCGGUGCCGCUGGACGCCAGCGCAAGGGUGCCCGGGAAGGUCGGGCUCUUGGGCGGGGUGCUCAAGCUGCGUGCCGUCGCCUACUCCGACUGCCACGUCAUCUUCGGCGUCCCGGAGAUGAAGGUCCGGAGCCAGGUGUGCCGCGACCACACCAAGCUCUGAUCGGAUCCGCCGGCCGGCUGCUUGGCUUGCCGUGUCUUCGACUGGCGGCGCGAGCCAUGCACAUAACACUUGUAUGUUUUUUUUUUUCAUUUUUGCGGGUCGUGGAAAAGGCGCAAGU